GCAGCCUUAGAAAUAACGAUGUCGAAGAUCAGGAAAACAAAAAAAUGUCAACAGAAACCUAAGAAAACAUAUGAGAAAUCCAAGACCUUCAAAUGUAGACAAAUCCAUGUCCCAGUUUUAGCGUUCCAAGUCCGCCAUUUAUGGCUGCUGCAUUUAAAAGACUGGGGCGGAGCUGAAAUUCGUAACUUUACAGUGAACUUUUAACAGCGCUUACCGGGUAAACUGCUUGAACCAAAUAUAAUCCGUAGCAUAAAAUCCAGAAGUAGUUAUCACCAGGAGAAUCAACAGGAGAAAGCUUAUGGCGAACUUUUGCACCAAGCUUUUAAAUUUAAAAUCCAGUACGCCAUCAUCUGGUUAUUAUAGAAAUACAUUUUCCCCACAUUUUGGUGUGUUCGCAAAGAGGAGAAACGGACUACUGUAAGAAUUUGGAUCGGUUGAACGUGCUACUGGGUAACAUAAGAUAGAUCCGUAGUGCAUACAUUUUCUCCGGUUGAAUUCGUGAUUCUCGCCGAGACUGCCGACUGGCAGUGUGUCAUUUUGACGUCACUAACAAACAGGGAUAUUACAGUGCGCCAACAGGAGAAUCAUGCAUUCGCUCUGUUUCUGUUCGUGUGCUAAAAUUUUGUUUUAUGCUAUGCAGGUUGCGUAAUGAUUUACAACGACCACCUUAUUAUUAGUGCUUUCUAAAUUGUAGUUCUUUUAAUCUGGUUUCUUAUAGUUCUUUUAAUCUCUCCGAUUUCACAUUUGUUGCUUUUGCGUCUUUUUGAAUCUCAAAAUGGUGCGCUGCUGCGCUUUUGGAUGUAAUAAUAACAGCGAUAGAAAAAACUGUAGUACUCCAGGACCCCAUUCGUUUCAUCGGUUUCCAGCGGAAAAUCCACUCCGGGCACUCUGGAUACACAAAAUCAACAGAAAAGAUUUCACACCUGGAAAAAGAUCCGUUGUUUGUUCGGACCAUUUUGAAAGCACCUGCUACAGGAAUCAUGGGAAAGGCAGGUCUCUGAAAGAAGACAGUGUUCCAACCGUUUUUGGAGGUGCCGUAAAACGCAAAAUCGAAAGUUCUGGUUCCACGACUGUGUCACCAGAAAAGAAGCGAACAUGCCCUGAAAAUCCUGACGAUUUGAACAAAAGCUUUUCUUUAUUGGAGAUCGAUAGUGCAGAAAGUGUCGGAAGAAACUCAAAAAAACUGGAAAACAAGAUUGCGGAACUGGAGUUACAGCUGGGUUUAGCGAGCGCACGGAUUCAAGAGCUGGAAACAGAGGUUCAAGUACGGGACGUGCGCAUCAUGGAAUUGGAAAACCUCCUUCAUAAGGACAUUGAGGAACCUUUGAUUAGCACAAAUAAACUCAAGAAUUUAAGCGACCAUUUAUUUCGGAGAUUUACCGGAGUUGUAAGCACCGAAAUUUUUAACGAUUUGGCCGAAAUUUUUCGCGUUGCAAUAUCUUCAGCCAGCUACAAAGAAUCCCAGAAAGGCGCUCCCCACCCAGAACGUCGGAAACUGUCAGUUGAAGACCAGUUUCUGUUGAUUUUGUUCAAGCUGCGCAUGGACUUAUCGUUCGAGUUUUUGGGAGUAUUAUUUAAAAUUCACUGUUCUACCGCGUCCAAGAUUUUUGAAAUGUGGAUUUGUACAAUGGCGACCGUAAUCAGACGAAUCAAUUUUUUCCCAUCCAGACAAAUGGUUCUUGCAGACGCGCCGCCUGAAUUUUUGGCUUCCGGAUUUGCUGAUGUACGGGUCCUUAUUGACUGUUUUGAACUAUUCAUUGAGAAACCGAGUCAUCCGGGCACCCACUCGUAUGCUUACUCCAGUUACAAGCACCAUACGACCGUGAAAUAUCUGAUCGGUAUCACACCAUCAGCCAGAGCAAGUUUUCUGUCGGAAGGUUUUAUGGGCUCAAAAUCCGACGAAGCUAUUCUAUCUGACAGUCAGUUACUAGACCUGCUGGAAAGCGGUGAUUCGAUUAUGGCAGACAAGGGAUUCCGGAUGGCACCCAAAGAAGCCAACCGCGGCAUUGAGUUACUAACUCCCGAUUUUUUAGGACCGAGAACUCAGCUGUCUGCACAAGAGAUGAGUAAAUCGUUUCACAUUGCUCGCCACCGAGUACAUACAGAAAGAACUAUAGACCGUGUAACCGAUUUCAGAAUUCUAACCAGCUUUCUGUCCGCAGCUAAUCGUCGGAACUCCUCAGGCGUAAUAUCAGGUUCUUCUGUGUUAGUGAGCUCAUAUCCUGCAACUCGCGCUUCCAAACAACCAUUGGGAUCUUCAACCCUCACAAAACUGCCUCUUGUUUGAUACAAAGGCUUAAUUUUCCUGUUCUGAAGGUCCGAAAAAUCUGCCCUCGGAGAAUUCCAUCCUGCUGGCGGAACGAUCUGUAGUAUAAAACCAAUAAACUUGCAAUUUCCGAAAAAAAUGUAUAGGGUCAGGAGCGUGGUACUUUUGCUAUGCCGCCCAAGUGCGCGCCGUUCAACUCCAUAUAAUGAAUGUAGCCAGGGAAGUCUUUAAACUGAUCUAGAGUGGGCCGAAAUGUUUGAAUUCGCGAGGAUGGUAACAUUUCAAUAAAUUUAGCCAUAGCAGCAGCUCCAGCGACCCAACAAGCACUAACACAAGACGUCGCAAGACAACACAACACAAUUUAGCAGGAAUUCCGCAUGCCUGUUGCAAAAAAAGCCAUGUUAUUCUAACGAUAGAACGCAUUUUACAAGCCACACUGUAAUUUCUGUAUCCGUAAAACGGUAGAAAUUAAUAAAAGUGUAAAGCAGAGAAAUAGCGCCAAGUACACAUUACAUAGUACGUACUCAGAUAGAUACCGCUAAACGACCCAGCACCAAUUCUUCUUAGUUUAUACUUAUUUCUCACCCGCAGCUCUGUUGAUGUUAUUUUUUUAGUGCUGAAAAAGACAGAAAUUAAAAAGCAAAGCAGUUUACAAUGAGCCUUCCGCUGUUACUGUGCAAUCGUUUUUUCGCUUAUUUUUAAAAUCGAAAAAAAACAAAGCGGUCGAUGAUUUUUUCUUUUGUUAAUAACAGCUUCAGGAGAACAUCGAGAAUAAUUAAUAAACGCACCUGUUGGUCGCGGCUGCCAAGGAGAGGAAGAAUGGUAAUGCAGUUUGCAGCAAUCGUGGAACACCUGCUACAAAAUCCAUUCAUGAAAACUCAAUGUUACUGUACACUGUAAAACAAUUCACGCAGCAAUUUCGCUCAUAAUUUCAGCUUCUGGCCGUGCUAUUAAUCGCUCUCUUUUACCUUUAAAGUCCGAUCUUUGACAACUUCCUCCACGUUAAGUUUCGACUGCAUUAAACGCUGGAGACGGCCGCGCUCAUGCUGGAGGGGGUCCUGGCCAAGGGAGGCUCGAAGCUGGAGCGGAGGGCCGCCCGACGGUUGCUACAGCUGCUGACAACGACGGAACUCUCCGUGCUCAUACUCAUCCCACCAAGAAAGUCAGCGACAACCACCUGCCAACGCCAACACCACACCUGUCACUCACACUGUUUCCUUGCUUUCCCGCUUCAUCGUCGUUACACGCAAUGUUGAAAAAACUUGGAUUAAAUUCUGACAUCGCCACAUUAUUUUAAGCCAUCUGCAGCGCGUAAUACUGUGCAACAAGGCAGAAAAUUAAUGAUACCUCCACACACACUCACCCCUGUCAUUCAUCAACGGAAACGCCGUCAAACACGUAUGCUGGUAGAAUUAUCAGGGAGAAAGGAGACAAAUGAUUCUUGCAAAGAUUGACGCUACAAUCGCGGUCAAACCACAGCAGGCCAGCGUGCAGAUCAAAACUAAACGGCUUGUUUACAUUUGGCCCAUCUACACGAUCGAUCAAUUUCGUGAAUCGUCGACUCCUACGCCAAAUGUAACAGGUAGAGAACGGGUAACGGUCCACUGACGUUGGCUGACGGACGGAGAUUCCUCACGGAAAAACUGUCAGAUACGGCGGGAAUGCGCUACGGGGAUCAACGCAUGAUAAUUUGUAAUCCAGAGAACAAAUGCGAUGAUGAGCGACACGAAGUAAUUAGUUUUUUCGCAGACCUGGCAGCCGAGAGAUUGAGAUCGUUUGAAACAACUACAAUAAUAUCGUACACUAAAAUUUCGGGAAGAAUGAGGGUAUAAUAAUCCUUAAAAUUCCAAUAAGGAGAACGCAAACAAUCAUUUUAAAAUAUAAAUUCCCAGCCUCAGUUCUGUGUUAGUGUUGCUCAAAGUGCAGACUCGUUGCCACCGGAUGUUGUUUUCGAGGCGGUCGUGCAAUACCGUGGCCAUAGCACUAGCGCUUGAUUUAAGAAUACUGUAAACAUUUUUAUCACGCGUUUUUUCCUCGUUUGCAGAGGAUGGUUUUCUGUGAAUUUUCAUGUAUCUGCCCAAUUACCAAACAGCAUAGUUUGCAAACGCGAGGUAUUUAAAAAGUG